CUUGUUUGGGGAGGCAGGUGGAUGGGAAGUUAAGAUUCUACUUCAUGCAAUAAAUAAAUAAGCUGUUAGUUCUUAGGGGGACGCAUACAGCCAAGAGUUGUGUUUCUUUCCCAAAUAAAUAACGACCUUCCCGCGUGUCAAGCGCUAGUCGGCUACCCCAUCCUGAAGUUUCCCGAGGGUGAUGAUCGGCACAGGCCGAGAGCCCAGAGAAAGGGAAAUAGAAGACUACUGUUUAGGGGAAAGUCAGUGUGGUAGCAGCAGCUGCAGGAGGCAGAAGAUCUAGUAGGUGUGGGGAGUUGCUGGUGAAGGAAGUCCCCUGAGGAGGGCAAGAUGUUCACGUUCUCGGGUAGCAGCAGCAGCAGCAGGAGCAGCAUCAACAGCAGCGAAGCUACUCAGACUUGGGCUCACAGAUCCAUCCACGACUGUCAGUCAUCGUCCCGGGCUCCGCCUCUACCGAACCCGACCAAUGCUUGACUGCAGUUUGGUGAAGAGAGACGUAUUGGGGUUACAUCAGCUGAGUACCGGGAAGUAGAAGGAGGCCCGAAGCUGGGGAGGGUCUAGGUGGACUCUGGCCCCAACCCGGCUGGUUUGGGGGCUCCUGAGCUUUUCCCGCAGUUAUGUGAGCGGCUACGGAAGGUAUGGUAGUUGGGGCCCCCCCCCUGCUGCAGCGGCGUCUGCAGCAGCUGCUCUCGGUGGUUGCCUCCAGCUGUCUCACUUUGGAACUUCCUGAAGAACAUGGGACCUCUUCACUCUGGAACAUCCAUCCUUUCCUUGAGGCCUUCUCACCCUUGAACAUCUGUCUACCACACCAACCCCCUUCUCCCAUUGCACUACAGCUGCCAAGAUAUGGUUUUGGCCCAUGAGAACUCAAACCUACCUAGAUUGAGAAAUCAAACACAAAAAAUGGAUUCUGGGAAGUGUUAUCUUCUUAUGAUUCUGAGAACUGUUAUUUUCCUCUGGCAACAAACAGAUGGACAUCUGGAACAAAGACCUUGGAUACCUCAGCCUCUUUAUCUCAUAUGUGCUCUUCUUUGAGGAGCUCUUUGAAUGAAAUUUACCAUUUAAAACUACUAUAUUUCCCCUUUAAUACAAGGAACUCUAAAUGUGCUAACAGAGAGAAGCAACAUUACCUGGAAGUUCAUUUGUAAUCCCCAGUAACUAUGACUUUAACCUCUGUGGAGCAAAGGCAGCAUGGUAUCCACCAUGACUGAUGGAGACACAAAUAGACAAUGUGGACGAAUUUCUGCAAACCAUGGUUUUUCUGCUGUCUCCUGGCAGCAUUGACCAUUGUGCUUCUAGUCCUCAAUGUUAGUCAAUUAGAGCACUUGGAUCAUGAAAGUGUUUCAGCUACCUUCAUCGAUACCAGCGGGCAGGAUAUUCCCCUUGAAGCAACAGGAGUUAGCAGAAAGCCUUACUGUGGUUAUGAACACCAAAUCUUGUCCAAGAGGGAGCGUUUGGAAGAGGCCUCCUUACUGGAAGCCUUGCAGAGUCACGAGUCUUAUACUGAUUUGGUUCCUUUUGUGAAGAGCACUGACCCCUCCUCUAGUUAUUUUGUGAUAUUAAACUCUGGAGCAUUCUUCAAGGUGGGGAGCCAGCUCGAGGUGUUGGUGCAAGUACAAGAUUUCCAGGGGAGGCCCAAGAAGUAUGGCGGAGAUUAUUUGCAGGCCAGAAUCCACUCACCCAAAUUGCAAGCUGGUGCAGUGGGGAGAGUUGUAGACUACCAAAAUGGGUUCUACAAAGUUUUUUUUACUUUGCUUUGGCCAGGCAAGGUGACUGUCUCUAUAGUUCUGGUUCACCCUAGUGAAGCAAUCCAGGUCCUUCAGCAUCUACAGGAGGAGAGGCCAGAUAGAGUCUAUUUUAAAAGUCUCUUCCGGUCAGGGAGGAUUUCAGAGAUCACCAUAUGCAAUGUAUGUCUACCAGGAAACCUGCCUGUGUGUAACUUCACAGACCUCUAUACUGGAGAGCCCUGGUUUUGCUUCCAACCCAAAAAACUCCCUUGUAGCAGCAGAAUCAACCAUUACAAAGGAGGGUACCUCAAGGGCCUUUUAACUACAGCAGAGAGUGCUUUCUUCCAAAGUGAUGUCAACAUCAAGAUGCCAAUUCACUCUAGUGGACCUGAUUGGGUGACUGUGAUUCCCCAUGGAGCAAAAGAAACAAAUGACCCUGAACCUUCUCAAAGCAUGGAAAACUUCCCUUCUGGUUAUUAUUACAAAAACCAAUGGAUGUCUAGAAAGUUCAAGAUGCACCAGUUUAAUGAACCUGAAAACAUUACAGAAUGCUUACAAGGAAAAAUGAUUUACUUAUUUGGUGAUUCUACCAUAAGACAAUGGUUUGAUUAUCUGAUCACAUUUGUUCCAGAUUUGGUGGAGUUUAACCUGGGAAGUCCCAAAAAUGUUGGCCCCUACCUCGCAGUGGAUUUGAAACAUAACAUCUUGCUACGAUACCGCUGUCAUGGACCUCCCAUCCGAUUCACUACUGUCUUAAGCAAUGAGCUACAUUAUGUGGCCAAUGAGCUGAACAGGAUUGUGGGGGGGAGAAGCACUGUGGUGGCCAUUGCCAUAUGGUCUCACUUCAGCACCUUCCCCUUAGAAGUUUACAUCCGGAGGCUAAGGAAUAUUCGACGUGCAGUUGUGCGCCUCCUAGACCGGAGUCCGAAGACAGUGGUAGUUAUUCGAACAGCCAACGUCCAGGAGCUGGGGCCCGAGGUCAGCCUAUUCAACAGUGAUUGGUUCUCCGUUCAGCUCGACACCAUUCUGAGGAAGAUGUUCUCGGGAGUUGGUGUGUACUUGGUGGAUGCCUGGGAGAUGACGCUUUCCCACUACCUGCCACACAAGCUGCAUCCAGAUGUAGUCAUUGUCAAGAACCAGCUUGACAUGUUCUUGUCUUUUGUGUGUCCAGUGAAGACUUAGCUUUGCCCCUUGGGGAGUCUUUCUAGGGGAAUUGUUGGCAUUAAAUCGAGUGAGGAUUUUCUUUUCAUCCAUCACUUCAUAUGGAAGCUAUAGUUGGAGAAAUGGCUAAAAAGGCUCUAUUUUAUGUAAUAACUUACUAUGAUACUAAGGAGAGGGCUUUGAUAAAUUCAGGUUAUAAUUUAUACCUUGUUAGCCAUGGGAAUACCAUCUCACAGUAAUGGCAAUAAUGUCACAAGUAUCCAUUCAUCACAUCAACAUUGUGACCAAAGAGCAGGGGUUCUUAACUCUGUGUGUGUGUGUGUGAGAGAGAGAGAUGGACUCCUAUGGGUCCAUUCUCAGAAUAAUAUUUUUAAGUGCAUAAAAUAAAGUACAUAAGAUUACAAAGGAAAACAAUUAUACAGAAAUAGUCAUCAAAAUAUUUAAAAAAUCAUUAAUCCCAAGUUAAGAACCCCUGGCCAGAGAAGAUAAUAUAUUUGUUAAAAUGAACUUCUUUGGCAGAGAACUUCUAUUCUAAAGACUGUGAUACCUAAACUGGUCUAGGUGAUGAACAGAAAGUUUUGAUUAUGAAAGGAAUAAGUAUUUUAAUUUAUAUAUCAGGGAUAGUUGAGCACCCCUGAAUGAAAUGAAUGAAUGAAUGAAUGUUCUUCUCCAGCAUCUUAGAAGAUUGGGCUUAGAUAUGGUGUUUGUGUCUUCUCUGAGCAUGCUGGAGACCAUUGGACUACAUUGUUGUGGGAGGUCUUUUUCUCGAUCUCUUAGUAAAAUGCCUUGAAAAAGCCAUUAUGCUCAGUCAAAGUUUUAUUUAGUGAUCUUUUAAAUAAGAAAAAAAAUACAUCUACUAUUUUCUGCUUUUGUGUUAUGCAGGAUAUGGUAUGUAUGAUCUGAGAACUGAAGCUGAAGAAAGUUAAUGAUGUGAAGACAGCGAUUAUAAAACAAAUACUCUAAACUGAUGCUUGCACUGUGUGAUUAUGUCUAAUUUGAUAGAUUCAUUUAAAUUUACCACAAAAUUUACUUAACAAAUUGCUGCUAUUAUUAAUGUUCUCUAGCUUUAGAUUAUUUAAAGAUUGUCCUUUCCAUAAAGAAAAUUACCGAUUCACAUGAAGUUGUAGUGACAGAGUCCAUAGAUUUCAAAUUCUGUUUAUUUUAAAUGAUGACUAUUAUUUUGGAUGCCAUAUUGAAGUUUAAAACUAAAAUCUCUUUUGAGGCAAAAAAUUGAAUGUGCCUGGCAUAUACCUUCUGUUGUUUGGCAAUAAAAAGCUGCUAUUUCAGCUGA